AUGGACACCAUUAAACAAGCCACAGGGACAUCAACCCCACAUACAGAAGAACCAAAGCGGCAGAUUUAUAGCAACCUCACUACCGAAGAGAAACAGAAACAGUCGUAUUCAGAAUGGAUCAAAGAAGCUUACAACCACCAGUAUGAAAAAUGGAUGCCUUGGAUUGAGGAUCAGUAUCUAAAAUGGUUUGGAAGCGGUGAUAACAAAGCUUCUUAUGCCACCAAAGAUACGCUGGAUAAAUCAAAGGUCACCGGUAUCAAACAAGUGGACCAACUACAAGGAGAUGUCAACAAUCUCAUCGGAAACCAAGUCAGCGAAAAUGGCAUCGCUGCACCGCUCGGAAACUUAGCUAGCGAGGAAGGGAUAAACAGAAUGGAAAGAAAUGGAAAGGAUGAUCAGGGGUCUUACGGGGGAGCCAUGUCCCAAUACACAGAUCCCAUGGUUAAAGAUGUAUCUGGUGUGGAAAAUUCCAUUUCGGGUGGUGCUGAAAGCGCGAAGAGCUGUCUCGGCUUUGGAGACCAAAGCAGCAAAGACCAAGCUAAACAGUGA